AUGGAGGUCGUCGAAGAUGUGCUAGAUGGAAAUGCGGUUUUACAGGACGUAGACCAUGAGAACAGAGAUAUUAUUAGAGAAAUAUUCAUGGCCGAUGAUUCAGAUGAGGAAUUUUUAGGAUUUAAUCCAGAAGAUCUCGACAAUGACGAAGGUACGGCUGAUUUCGAGGAGGACUUCAUUCAAGGAAACUUGGGCGGAGACUAUGGCGUUCGCAACUUACAGUUUCGUGGCGAGAAAAAAAUAAACGUAGAGCUCGAUGAGCACACAGAAAUGGUGGAUUUCUUUAAACUGUAUGUUACAGAUGAAUUUGUUAAUGAAAUUCUCGUGGUAGAAACUAACAAAUAUGCUCAAGAUUUCCUUAAUUCUGCGCAAGGCCGAAAUCUCAAACCUCAGUCUAGAUUUCACAAAUGGACAGACGUUACGAAGGACGACAUGACGAGGUUUAUAGCGAUGGUAAUUGCUAUGGGACUAGUCCAGCACCACGACAUACAGGACUACUGGAGCAAGGAUGAGAUGCUUGAGACCCCUUUCUUUGGUAAAACAAUGACAAAAAACAAAUUCCUAUUAAUAUUGUCACUGUUUCAUUUAAACAACAAUGACAAUCAGAUACCACGAGGACAAGAUGGAUACGAUCCGAUAUUCAAAGUCAGAAGAGUGUAUGAACAUUUCAGGACGAAGUUCAGUGAACUAUAUUCUCCUGGAGAAAACAUCGCCAUUGACGAAGGAAUGAUAGCAUGGAGAGGACACCUAUCAUUCCGGGUCUACAUGCCCGACAAACCGGAUAAGUUUGGUGUGAAACUUUUCAUGCUUUGCGACUCGAGCAAUGGAUAUUGCUCACAGCUCGAGCUUUAUCAUGGAACAUCAGAAAAUCCAUCAGAGAAGGGGAAGAUCUAUGACUUGGUGAUGAGGCUGAUUAAUCCAUACCUUGGUAAAGGUCACAAGUUAUACGUUGACAACUACUACACGUCACCAAUAUUAUUUCACGACUUGUACCAGAAAAAGACGGGGGCAUGUGGAACGCUACGCACCAACAGAAGAGGCGUUCCCGCAGAUCUGAAGACUGUAAAACUGAAAAAAGGAGAAAGUGUGGCAAUGACCAAUGGAACCCUUCAGCUCCUGAAGUGGAAGGACAAACGGGACGUCCACAUGUGUACUUCAAUACAUGAUGCUUCAUUUGUUGAUGUACCUGGACGAGUGGACCGCACGACAGGGGAACAAAUUCGAAGACCAAAAUGCAUUGUAGCUUAUGACAAACACAUGGGAGCAGUUGAUCGCUGUGACCAGAUGAUUACCUACCCGGCCUUCAAACGCAGGACGCUGAAGUGGUGGAAAAAAGUGUUUUUCCAUCUGCUAAUGAUGGCCACCCUGAAUGCCUACCUGUUGUACAAGGAACAUUGUGCAAAAUGGAGAAAAAAACCAGUUUUGCACAGGAUUUUCCGAAGGGAAGUUGUGAAGGCCCUUAUUGGUGAGACCAGCCCUCAACCAGUAACUGUAAGGGGGGCUGUAAAUCCAAGAGACAUGGAACGGCUGACUGGGCGUCACUUCCUUUCCAAGAUCAAGCAGAAGGAAGGUAACAAGUCUAAGCCUCUGAGGACGUGUCCAGUGUGCUCUACCACAACGGGAAAAAGGAAAUCUGUUGGAGACGGUCGCAAAACAGUACGGUCAUCCUAUGAAUGUAGGAUAUGUGAUGUAGGACUAUGCGUAGAUCCUUGUUUUGAAUUAUACCAUACUAAUAAGGACUUCAAACAAGCCUACCAAAGACGUCAGGACCAAAAUGUGGAGUCUGAUGAUUCAGAUUAA